AUUUGUUACACAUGAUAACAAAUUUUAUUUUAAAAGAAUAUGAAACUAUAAAGUAAAAAAUCACUAUAAGGUAAAAAAUGAUAUGAAAUCAUUGAAAUAGAGACUUAAUGGAGAGGAAGAAAUCAUGAGAUUUCUCCUAUAAUUAAUGAUUCGAUACGAUUUUUUGAGUUUUGUUUUGAAUUUUAAAACUCGCCGUUAUGCACGUGUAUCCCUUAUUAAGAGCUGGAUUUACGAGGCGAUGCUGUCUGAUUCAUAUUUUGAGAAAUCUGUCUUCUUCUGGUAAAAAUCAAGUGCAGUCUGAACCAGCUGAAUACCGUCGGGAAUACAUAAAGAUAAAACCACCACAAGCACCUCAUCCAGUGAAACUAAAGCCUCUAUAUUUAGAUGUCCAAGCCACAACUCCUAUUGAUCCAAGAGUUUUGGAUGCAAUGCUACCAUAUUUUGUUGAAAGUUAUGGAAAUCCUCAUUCUAGGACUCAUUCUUAUGGAUGGGAAAGUGAAGCAGCUGUUGAGAAAGCACGAAAAGUUAGUGGUCUUAUAUGA